AUGUACGAUGCCUCUACGGACCCGGAGGACCACCUUUCGGUCUUCUUGACGCAUAUGCGCCUGCAGACCGCUGCGGAUGAGGUCCGCUGCAAGACCUUCCCUAUGUUCCUAAAGGGAAAGGCGCGGCUCUGGUUCCAGGGGCUGAAGCCGGGGUCUAUACGGAGUUUUCCUGAGCUGGCCCGGCAGUUUGCAGCCCAGUUUGUCUCCUCGAAGGUCUACGCGAGGAACGCAACCCACCUGAUGUCCAUCAGACAGAGGCCUGAGGAGUCGCUGAGGAAUUUCAUGACCCGCUUCAAUGCGGAGAGCUUGCAGGUCAGGGACAAAAAUGAAAAAGUGGUCAUGGCCGCCUUCACAAAUGGGCUCAGGGUGGAGGAGCUCUUCUACGACCUGGCCAAGAAGCCUCCCGUAAACCUGGAGGAACUCUUACGCAGGGCGCACGAGACCGCUAAUGCGGAGGAGGCAGGUCGUCUGAAGAAAGAAUCAGAUCGGGAGCUCGGAGAUCGGAAAGGUCGGACGAACCCGCCGGAGGGCAAGGACGUCCCGUCCAAGAAAAACGUCUUCGACCGGCUCUCGAAGGAGAAGGCCCCUGCUCUGCCGCCACUCCCAGAGAAGACCUACACCCCUCUAACACGGCCCAGAGCUCAGAUCUUGGCCGUUAUGGAGGCGGAAGGACUAGGAGAUCGGCCGCCAAAAAUGGGGACGCCCCGAAACAAAAGGAACCAGGACAGGUACUGCGCCUUUCACCGCGACGUGGGACACGACACGGAGGGAUGUUGGGCCCUGCGUAAGGAGAUAGAAGACCUGAUCCAACGCGGCUUUUUAGGACGGUUCGUGCGCCGACCAGGUCAGGAGCCCGGGCGCAGCCACUACGGAGACAGGCACGAGGGACGGCGUCGGGGCCGCCCAGAGCGGCGCGACGCUCCUCGGGGCCACUCUCCCGACCAGGACACCCAGAACCUAGCGGGGGUGAUAAACACCAUUGCCGGAGGUCCCACAGGGGGGGACAGCCAUGCAACUCGGAAGAACAAGCGACCACCCCCCCGAAGGGGAUGA